CGACUCCCCUUACCGUCAACGACUUUCGACACCUUACCACCACCACCUCACUACUCCACUCGACAUGGCCCGUACUAAGCAAACAGCCCGCAAGUCCACCGGUGGCAAGGCCCCCCGUAAGCAGCUCGCUACCAAGGCUGCCCGCAAGACCGCAUCCAAGUCCGGCCCCACCACCGGCGGUGUCAAGAAGCCCCAUCGUUUCCGCCCCGGUACCGUCGCGCUCCGUGAGAUCCGUCGUUACCAGAAGAGCACUGAGCUCCUCAUCCGCAAGCUCCCUUUCCAGCGUCUUGUCAGGGAAAUCGCCCAGGACUUCAAGACCGAUCUCCGCUUCCAGUCUUCCGCCGUGAUGGCCCUGCAGGAAGCCGCUGAGGCGUACCUCGUCUCCCUGUUCGAAGACACCAACCUGGCUGCUAUCCACGCCAAGCGCGUAACCAUCCAGCCCAAGGAUCUCCAGCUCGCUCGUCGCCUGCGUGGUGAGCGCUCGUGAGCGUCGUUGUCUGUGGAUACUAGUCAACAUCCUGUCUACAUUCCCUUGUGCUAUCAUCCUGUACUACACCGGUCCUGUUUUAUAAUCUCAGAUUCUUUACAAACAAUCCUGUGUACAGC